AGCGAGCCGACUGGAAUGAAGUUGUCGGCAGAGUACAGUGAUCGUAUGAUGGCGCAACAUGUCGUCUGUUCGCGUUUCACGCCGGCAACGAUUCUUUUAUUACUUGUUUCCGCGUGUGUCGUUCAGCUAGCAAAGGCCAACGCGGCGUCGACGUUAACGUCGACGUCGGCCAACGGCGUCCGAUCAUCUGUGAAAUCGGUGCCCGUGAUAAGGACGGUGAUCCCGUUGUCCGCACUGCUGUUCGGCGCUGCCGAUAAUCGCCGCCCCCUCGUCGAGUUCCUGGGCACCGAUCUCGGUCUCGAUCUCGCCCUACGAUGGUCGUUGUCAAGAUACGAUUGUCCGAUGUACUCGGACGAUACCCUCCUGGAUGCGGUGUGGUCGUCGUCGACGCGCGAUCGCGCGAUCUACGAAUUUCGAACAAUUCCUGUAAACGCAAAAAUUGUCUAUUUUUGUCUAAGAUACGAUAGCGAUGACGGUGACGGAAAGAGAUGGAGCAACCUCGGCGAUCGUACCUCGUUAAAAAUCCCGGUACACCCGGAAAAAUAUCUUCGUACACGACGAGAUGAUCCCUCCCUCGGAGAGAGUCCCUCCCUCAACGAAAAUCUCACCUCGCAAAAUUACACGGAUGUACAUAUCGAAGGGUUGCGAAUCGAGAUGGCCGAGAAGGAACCUUCUUACAGCGAAAACGGAAUUCCUCAGAUCCGGGCUGGAAUUAAAGCGGUCAUCCGUUUAUUCGGCACCGGUAUCACACCAGAUACCCUGAUUAGUUUCACUGAUGUGCAAGCGGAAAGGGGCUCCGUUUGCGAUAAAAUUAAAAGUAACGAGUUUCCAGUGGAAAAUGUAGAGGAAUCUACAGCGAUCGUUCAUGUAGUACUUCCUCUGGGAUCGUCAUUUUAUGUAUGCGCAAAACGGCCAAAAUAUGAAAAGGAUGUUCUGAGGAAAGAUCAAGUGCUAUUUAAACAUCAAGGCACUGCACUGUAUAAUACUAUCUGCACAUAUGAGAAAAUAUUACCGCUUUGGCUCACUAUCAUCAUCAUUCUCAUUUGUCUCAGUUUGUCCGCGCUUUUCUCUGGUCUCAAUCUCGGUUUAAUGGCGAUAGAUAGGACCGAAUUGAAAAUACUUGUUAAUACUGGUACAGAAAAAGAGAAAAAAUAUGCGAGAACAAUUCAGCCGGUAAGAAAUCACGGAAAUUAUCUUUUGUGUUCGAUUCUGUUUUCCAAUGUUCUUGUCAAUUCAGUGUUUACGAUAUUGUUGGAUGACUUGACCUCCGGGUUUGUCGCUAUUAUCUGCUCGACGUUAGCUAUUGUCAUUUUCGGCGAAAUUUCGCCGCAGGCUCUUUGUAGCAGGCACGGAUUGUGCGUCGGUGCAAAGACUAUCUAUCUCACCAAAUUGACAAUGCUGAUCACUUUUCCAUUAAGCUAUCCAAUCAGUAAACUUCUAGAUGUUAUUCUCGGUGAAGAGAUCGGGAAUGUAUAUAAUCGAGAACGUUUGAAGGAAUUGGUCAAGGUAACAAAUGAAUACAACGAUUUAGAGAAAGAUGAAGUAAAUAUAAUUGCAGGAGCGUUAGAACUGCGAAAGAAGACUGUAGCAGAUGUAAUGACCAGAAUCGAAGAUGUAUAUAUGUUGAACUAUAACGCUAUUCUAGACUUUGAAACUGUGUCUGAGAUUAUGAAAUCAGGAUUUUCGCGUAUACCAGUGUACGAAGAUGUAAGAACGAAUAUAGUGACGAUGUUAUAUAUCAAAGAUCUCGCGUUUGUUGAUCCUGACGAUAAUAUGCCACUUAAGACACUUUGCCAAUUUUAUCAAAAUCCAUGUAAUUUCAUUUUUGAGGAUGUUACAUUAGAUAUAAUGUUUAAACAAUUUAAGGAAGGUCAUAAGGGCCAUAUGGCUUUUGUGCAAAGAGUUAACAACGAAGGCGAAGGUGAUCCAUUUUACGAGGUGAUUGGUUUGGUUACAUUGGAAGAUGUUAUUGAGGAAUUAAUUCAAGCUGAGAUUAUUGAUGAGACAGAUGUGUUUACGGAUAAUAGAAGUAAACGUAAAAGACAGGUUCGAGCAAAAAUGCCAACGGAUUUCACCAUAUUUGCAGAGAAAAAAGAAAAUCAACGAAUACACAUCUCUCCACAGUUGACUUUGGCAAUGUUCCAGUAUUUAUCCACGACUGUGGAAUCGUUUAAACCAGAUGUUAUAUCGGAAACGAUUCUGCGACGUUUACUGAAACAAGAUAUUAUUUAUCAUAUUAAAGUAAAAUCACGUGAAAAAGCCAAAAGUGAUCCAGCUGCGAUAAUUUAUCAACAAGGAAAAGCAGUCGAUUACUUUGUGCUAAUUUUGGAAGGUCGUGUCGAAGUGACAGUUGGCAAAGAAAACAUGAUGUUUGAAAGUGGCCCUUUUACAUAUUUCGGAUCGCAAGCUCUUACCGCUAACAUCGGAAUUGCCGAAUCGCCCACGAACGUAAAUCCACAGACGGUCGGAAGUAUUCAAUCUAUUAAUUUGGAUUCUAUGCUACGUCAUACCUUUGUACCAGACUACACAGUGCGUGCAGUGACCGAGGUAUUCUACGUAAAAAUCAAAAGAUCUCUAUAUCUUGCUGCGAAGCGCGCUACAAUUUUGGAAAGAAGGCAAAAGGAUCCGUUGCCUAGUCAAGAACAAUUCGACGAUGAAGUGGAAAAGUUGUUGCAUUCUUUGGAGGAGGAUGAUCGUAGUGUGCCUGAGUCUCCGGUGUUGCCUAUGGACAAACCUGUAGAAAACGAGAAAGAAAAGGAUGCUUCAAUUCAUUCGCCUAUACGCAGCGUAACAGCACCGACAUCGCCGAUUCCAACCAGCGCCAGUCCAAUCACCAAUUCGAAAUUUGCCUCACCACGAAAUGACGGAAAAACGAAAAAUUUAUCAGCAAAGAUACAAACGAGUCCGGUGGAAAAUCAAAUCAAACGUGAUUCCUUAAGCACGCUAGAUGCGGAUAUUCUCGUCCGACAAUCUGAAGCCGCACGAUUGUUGUCCACCACUAAGAGAGUAAACGACAAUGAGGAACGAACAAAUCUUUUGCCUAAACAGGAUAACUCUUAACGCUUACAGAAUGGCCGACGAAGCUCGGUUCUGUCGGCAAGAUCGAUAACGUCAAGAGCAUCGAGCGACACAGAGCGAAACAUGCUGGCAUGACACGUAUUGCUACUGUGACACUAGGUACUUCAUGAAUCAUUUAAAUAUUUAACAUAAGAGAGGAGAAACGUCAUAUUUUUAACAAGCAAAAGCUGUACUUGAUAUGCCUCGGUUUUCUUAUAAAUUCUUAAAUUAUUUCUUAGAUAUAUUAUCAGAUAAAUCACUUUGUCAUGAUAGUUUGCAUAGAGAAAAGCACGAAGGAAUACAUGAUGAAUUAUCACAGACACACACACACACACAAUAGCAUUUAAUAUAAUACAUGAUAAAAUUAAGAUAUAGUCAUAAUUACACAGACUCCAUUAAAUAUUUUUAAAUAUAUAUAUAGAAAAAGGUCAGUUCAUAAAAAGAGUAAAUUUAAUAAUUAUAUCUUAAAAUAACAAUUCUAUCUUAAAAUGAAAAACUGCUUCCAUUUUACAAUCAUAAAUAUAUAUCGAUUUUUUUGUUUGUUCUUUUAUACAUUUUUUAUGCAAUAUAUAUUUAUAAUAAUUAAAAUUAAUAAUUAAAUUUAUUUCUCUUAUAAAAUAUGUCAUUAUAUAUAUAUAUAUAUAUUGUAUACUAUAAAAGAGAUUACAUAUUUCAAUAUGAAAAAAUGAUGGCAUUGCGAGUACAGUUUUUAACUAACUUGGAGAAAGAUGAAUAGAAACUAUGCUGUAAUAAUAAUGCCUUGACAUUAUUUUGAAUAUAUUUUAGUAUAAAGAUUCACACACAUUACCAUAUAAAACAAUAAUAUAUAAAAUUAGCCAUAUGCGCGAUUGAACCACUAUUAUAUAUAAAUAUAUUAGAAAAAGCAGUACAAAUGAAAGAGAAGUUUGACAAAGGAUUAAUAUAUAUCCAAAUGUUACUUUUCUCUGAAAAACAGAGAUUUUGGUUAUUUACAUCCCUUGGAUUGUACAUUGAAUCUAAAUGUAUAAUAGAUUAAAAUGGCCCAGUUAGUAAGUAGAAAAAGUGAGAAAAAGGCUUGGUACAUAAUUCAUGUAAUUACUUAUACUUUUAUUACGUGCCUUAAGAAAUUGUCUAUACAGGUAUUACUGUGUGUAUUGUGUGCUUAAAUUAAUUUUAAUUAUAAGUAUUGCAUUCUUUCUCCUUUUUUUUUUCUUUUAAGAAAACUGAAGUUUUAUUAAUGCAUUAAAUAGUUACAUUCCUAUCACAACUAGUGCAGUCAUAUACUCUUACAUCAUUCUUCUCUCAUUCAUUCUGAUCUAAUAGAAGAUAAAUGAUAUAGAAAUGUACCCUUUUUCUUAUCGUUAUGAUUAAAAAACAGCAAAAUUUUAUUUGUUGCUUAUCAAUUGCAUUUGAUUUUUAAUGAAAAUUUAAUGAAGCGAUACUUCAAUUAUUUCAGUUAACAAACCAUGUAAUAUAAUUAAUUAAAUUACAAAAGUUAAAUAUCUCUUACAUAGAUAUAUGUAGGAAACAAAAUUAUUUUUCUUUCAAUAUCCAAUAAACUUUAUCAUCAAAUACAUAUUUGUGAUUAAAUUGUCACGAUAUUUAAUAUAUAAAAGUAAUAUUCAGUGAUACAAAUAAAAAUAAACAAAAUUUUUUAUUCAAAAGAUUUUUUUUUUUUUUUAACAUUCAUAUGUGAAAUUAAAAAAAAAUUCGCCUUCUAUUGUAUAAUUAUCUGAUAACUUCGUCAUAAUUUUAGAUAUAAAGGCCCAUAUUACAGUCUUGUCAUUCUGUAAUAUUGUUAACAUUUUUUUCAGAAAUCUAAUUUCCUUAAAUUGUUAUUUUGUUUUAUAGAUUAUUUCAGUGAUGCAAAUGUACAACAUUAAUAUUAUAUUGUUGUUAAUUGAGUACUUAUGAUAUACAUUAUAGAUACAUCGAGAUUAAUAUAUAAUAAUAUUGUAAUUAUCCAGCAUAAAGCGUUUUUUGAAGAGCAAGUUUUUCUAUGUACAUGAAAGAAUUCUAAAUCCUAUUGGACCUGGUAUAUAGAGGAAGUAAUUAAAAUGUAAAGAGCGAAAAACAGCUUGAAAUAUCUCUCUGUGUAGUCUGUGUGUGUUAAUUAUUAUGAAUAAUCUCUAUAUUAAAAUAUUUAACAAAGAAUGAAGUUUUAUUUUUGCAUUAUAUGACAUGGCACAACAAAUAUAAUUUCUAUAAUAAAUGUACUUACAUACAUGUAUAAGAGACAAUUUAUAUUAAAAAAAAAAAUAUUUUACGCCAUUGUAUAAUGUAAAUCAAAUUUUACAUUUGGCUUGGAUUUUGUAGAAUAUAUCAAAUUAGAAAAUGGUUACCUGACAUUGUUCUUGUAGAUCAAAGUACUUAUUAAAAAAGAUCAAUAAGAGAAUUGCGGUGAAUAUUAUAUAUAAUAUAUAUAUAUAUACAUAUAUAUAUAUUUUUUGUACUGUGUAAAAAACUAACUAGAAAUAUUAUAUGUGGGGAAAAAAUAUAUUACAAAGCCCUUCCCCUCUCCCUCAAUACGCAAAACAUUCUAUUGUAGAAUGAUAGA